AUGCUACCAGUUGAUAGUUUCGACAGCGACAAUCGCGUCAGAGUUCUUGGUGUCAUUGACAAGCUUCGUGAACUAGGUGUCAGUGAAAAUGUGUCGCUUCCGCAGCUCGUUGUCGUCGGCGAUCAGUCAAGCGGAAAAUCUUCGCUACUCAAAGCACUGACCGGGCUGUCCUUCCCAAUAGCCAGCGAUCUCUGCACCCGGUUUGCGACUCAGAUUGUACUUCGUCGAGCGAGCUCCGAGGAUGCAGAAGUCAAGAUCACUAUCAUCCCAGGACCCACGGCUCAGAUGAAUGAUGAGGUGAAAGAGCGUCUUCUGAACUUUGAAAGGAGGCUUCCUGUGGACCAGUUCGGCCCGACGGAGUUCACCCGCAUUUUUGAUGAGGCUGCCCAAUGCAUGGGUGUACCCGGUCCUAACACAGAGAGCUUGGAAAAUCUCGAGAAGCGUUUUUCGGACGAUAUACUCAGGAUUGAACUUUCGGGCCCGGAACAGCGGCAUCUCAGCGUGGUCGAUGUACCCGGUCUGUUUCAUAAUCCCCAAGGUGCUCGAACUGUCGGGAUCAUUACCAAGUGCGACGCUCUAGAACCAGGUGAUGAGGAUGGGGUGCUCAGAAUUGCUAGAAACGAGGUUGAACGGCUCAACCAUGGAUGGUACGUCGUUAAGAAUCGCUCGACUAGGGAGAUUCGCGACGGUGUCACUAUUGAAGAACGCCAUAUUCGCGAGAGAGAGUUCUUUGCCUCCACAGCGCCCUGGACUGAUCUUCCUAGAGAUCAUGUUGGCAUAGAAAAUGUCAAGCGCUUUCUUGCGGGGCUACUUUACCGCCACAUUCAACUCGAGUUCCCUUCAUUGGUCAAGGAGAUCGAGGACCUCACUCAAGAAACGCAGAAUCAGCUCGAAAUGCUUGGGCCUUCCCGCCAAACAUCAAUAGACCAACGCAGAGUGUUACUGCGUAUUGCUCUGUCAUACCAAGAUGACGUGACCCAGGCACUCAGAGGGAUCUACCGUCCGGAACUCGAUGCCCAUGGAACAUUGAGGCUUCGGCUGCGAAUACGCGAGCUGAAUGAGGAGUUCGCUGAACGCAUGAAUCGCAACGGUCAUGCAAGAGUGUUCCGUACCGUAAAAGAUGAGGUCGACCAGGAGUUUUCUCGUAACUCGGGCGGCGAUGAGAAUAUCUAUGAUUGGAUUCGCAGGCUUUAUCGUGAUUCUAGGGGAGUGGAACUUCCCGGGACCGUGAAUCCCGCUGUCUUGGAGAAUAUGUUCCGCCAGCAGUCGGCUCCUUGGAACCAACUUGCUUUGGAGUACUACAACUCAGUUCGCGCGGCCAUAGCCGCCUUUAGCGACGGAGUCUUUGGGUUGAUCGUACCCGACGAAGAUUUCAGGCGGAACCUCGGGGCUCGUCUCCAACGACUUGAAACAUCAGCUUUUCGAACGGCCGAGGAAUACCUAAGCCAGCUUCUCCGGGAUGAAAGAGAGGGCAUAUUGCAGACUAUGAAUAAUUAUUUUGCAGAAAAUAUUGCCUCUAUUAGGGAAGAGCGAAUGCGCGCCAGACUGGGGUCAUUGGGAAUCCAAGAUAACCAUCAGCAAUUGGUUGAUAUCAAACAGCUGAUGGGUGGCAUUCAUCUGAGUAAUGACGAUCAAGCGAUCUACGAUAGUCACGAUACUCUCAAAGCCUUCUACAAGGUUGCUUUGAAACGAUUCACAGAUAAUGUGAUUGUUCAAGUCACAGAACGCCAUCUUCUUGGUCCACGAGGGCCUGUCAAACUCCUAUCUCCGGAGUUGAUUGGCGAACUUUCUGACGGUGAGCUAGCUGAUAUUGCAAGCGAGAACUUUGCAACAUCUUCCGCCAGAACUGAGCUACAGGCUCGAAUGGAUAGGCUUCAUCGAGCUUUAGAUAUCGCCAGGCAAGCUGGUAUCUGA